CUGUUGAGUGAAAGAAGCCAGAUACAAAAGUGCAAGUACUGUGUAAUUCAUCCAUAUCAAGUUCAAACAUUGGUAAAACUACCCUAUGGUGAUAGAGAUCAGAAUAGUGGUUACCAUUGUGGGACAUUAAAUGGGAAGGGGCAUGAGGAAGCUGGAGACGCUCUAUAUCUUGAUCCAGGCGGCAGUUAAGUGGGUGUACACAUAUGUAGAAAUUCAUCAUUCUGUACACACAAGCUUUGUGCACCUCACUGAAUUUAUACCUCACAAACGAGACCAUAUAUCCUGAUUUCAUGUCCAAUAAGAGAGUCACUGUGGCUUUCUCUACAAGCACUCAUACUGAUAUCCUACCUCAUUGAUGUUCCAGGAGACCUCCCCCUCCCCAAGGCGGGCAUAUAUUUGAGAACUCUUUAUAUCCUGGCAGACACUGAGAAUGGCGCUUAUUUCAGGCAGGGAGGGAGGGGCAGGGUAGGGAAGAAGUGCAUCUGGGAAGUAAUCUUUUUUCCCCACCACCCCAAGCUUCAUAAAUGUUUCUUGAUACAUGAAAACGGCUAGUAUUUGAUUAAAUAACAUUUACCACACACUAAUAUCAGGCACUGCACUAACAGCUUUCCAUUUUAUUAUUUAAUACUUAUAUAACCCUACGAAGCCGUUCUAUUUUUAGUCCUAUCAUACAGGUAAGGAAGAGGAGAUUUAUAGACGGUUACGUUACUUGCCCCAGGCUUUACAGAUAGGCGGUGAAUGGAGAGCUCAACUCAGGUUAAUCUGAAUUUAGAACCUGGACUCUACACCACUUGCUAUGGAAUGAAUGGAUGGUGUCCAAGCCCCGCCUGCAUGUUAUAUAACAUACACCACGAAGCGCUGUGCCAUUCCGAGGAGGGCGGAAGCUGUCGCGGUUGCCAGGUUGGUGAUGGAUUCCUCGAGGGCUUUAGACCCACUAACUGCACACAGGUGGUAACUGCGGCCAGAGAACCAACUGCGCAGGCACUUUCCCCAGUGACCUCCAGCCAAAUUCCUUGGGGAAUCAGGAAAGUUCCCCUGGCUCAGAAACCAUAAGUUUUUUCCGACUUCAAAAUACGCGCGGAAGGUAGACCUGGGGGUUUCACUCCCCACUUCUGGAGAGAAUCAACGCGAAAAUCCCCAGAGAAAGAAAAGCAAAACAGGCCUGCGAGGGAGUGAGAUAGACACGGGGAAAGCUUGAGAGGAAAAGUUACGUGAUAGGAAAAGAGCGUAGUGGAAAGUAGAAAAAGAGGAAGUCCCAGGAACUCCGAAGUUAAGGGGGUGACGACGCAGCCCCUCUCUAUCGCGCCUGCGCAGUGCUGCCUCUUUUGGCACCCCGGCCCCUGCCGGCCGCCGAAGAUUUACUCGUCUCUCGGCAACCAUUCACCCAAAGAGCCAAUCAGAGGGCACCUUUCUUCUUGACCUCGCCGUCAGCGCCCAGGCGGAAGGAUCCCUUGGGCACUGGCUCCGCCCCGCCCCGCCCCUCGCUCCCCGGGGAGGGCAGGCUUAGGGGCAGGGGCGGGGGCGGCGGGCGGAGGCGUGGCCAGGCCGUAUAAGAACGGAGGGGGCGGCGGCACGACGGCUCACUCGGUGCAGCUGCCUGGGGGCUGUAGUGUCCGCGCCGCUCCUGCUGGGGGCUGCCCACGCCAAAGACCUGCCUCCGUCGUCUCCUCUUCCGCCGCCCAGCUCCCCUGGCAAGAACAUCCCCCAAGAUGGCAGAGGAGAGUGGCAGUCCCAGGGACUGUGUGUCCUUCAGCGUGCUCAACUGGGAUCAGGUGAGCCGGCUGCACGAGGUCCUGACUGAGGUUGUCCCCAUCCAUGGACGAGGCAACUUUCCAACCUUGGAGAUGACUCUGAAGGACAUCGUCCAGACUGUCCGCAGCCAGCUGGAGGAGGCAGGCAUCAAAGUGCAGGACGUCCGGCUGAACGGCUCUGCAGCUGGCCACGUCUUGGUCAAAGACAACGGCUUGGGUUGCAAAGACCUGGACCUAAUCUUUCACGUGGCUCUUCCCACAGAGGCAGAAUUUCAGCUGGUCAGAGAUGUGGUUCUGUGCUCCCUUCUGAACUUCCUGCCAGAGGGUGUAAACAAGCUCAAAAUCAGUCCUGUCACUCUGAAGGAGGCUUAUGUCCAGAAGCUGGUGAAGGUCUGCACAGACACGGACCGCUGGAGCCUAAUCUCCCUCUCCAACAAGAACGGCAGGAACGUGGAGCUGAAAUUCGUCGACUCCAUCCGGCGUCAGUUUGAGUUCAGCGUGGACUCUUUUCAAAUCAUCCUGGAUUCUUUGCUCUUUUUCUAUGACUGCUCCAGUAACCCCAUCUCCGAGCACCUCCACCCCACCGUGAUCGGGGAGAGCAUGUACGGGGACUUCGAGGAAGCCUUCGACCAUCUGCAGAACAGACUGAUCGCCACCAAGAACCCCGAGGAGAUCAGGGGCGGGGGACUGCUCAAGUACAGCAACCUUCUCGUGCGGGACUUCAGGCCCACAGACCAGGAAGAAAUCAAAACCCUGGAGCGUUACAUGUGCUCUAGGUUUUUCAUUGACUUCCCGGACAUCCUUGAACAGCAAAGGAAGUUGGAGACCUACCUUCAAAACCACUUUGCCGAAGAAGAGAGGAGCAAGUACGACUACCUCAUGAUCCUUCGCAGGGUAGUGAACGAGAGCACCGUGUGCCUCAUGGGGCACGAGCGGAGGCAGACCCUGAACCUCAUCUCCCUCCUGGCCUUGCGCGUGCUGGCGGAACAAAACAUCAUCCCCAACGCCACCAAUGUCACUUGUUACUACCAGCCAGCUCCUUAUGUCAGUGAUGGCAACUUCAACAACUACUAUGUUGCCCAUCCUCCAGUAACCUAUAGCCAGCCAUACCCUACCUGGCUGCCCUGUAACUAACCUUGAGACCUGAGGGUUGCCGCAGUGGGAACCCCAAUAGGGCAAGGGCUCUCAGGUAGGGGAGCCUCCUUUUAGAUGUAGGUGUUUGGCUUUUAAAGGGGAACUCAGCUCUGAUUCUGCUUUUUUUUUCUUUGUGUACCCAUUGGAAUGGGUCCACAGUGUAUCAUGAGCCAAGCCUAAAGGGACCCAUUAUUCCAGUGCUACUUUGGAAAAUGCUAUAGGAAGUAUGACCUAUCCAUAUCUUUCCAAGAUAGACACUAACUUCUCAUGUCCCACACAUCAGCACAGUUGGAUUUGAGCUCUGUGCAAUAAUCGAGACUGGGGACACGCUUGGGCAGUGUAUGAGAAGUAUUGAGCUACCUGUCUUCUCACUUGAGCCUAGAGUAGUCUGUGUUGGCCCUCACUUGGGAGUCUCAGCAGUUACAUGAAAGUUGUGCUAAUAGUCUAUUUUCUUGUAUCAAUUUUAGUCAGGCAGAAAAUGGUAAACAUGAGGGAGCUCUUGUGACUUAAUUUUUGUUCAAGGACUAAAUUGCUUAUGUUUAUUCCCUGUCAGCAGAGCUGAGGAUUUCUUUCAUCAAUAAACCAAAGCCAGUAGCUGGAGGAUUGAGAUCUGGUUGGAAGUGGUUCGUGGUGUAGAUGCUGUGCUAUCACGAGGAAUUGUGAGAUUUGCUGAGAAAAAAAAAAUAACCUUUUCUUGAAAUGUAACUUGAAAACAAAAUAAAAUGUGGAACAUAAUAUUAAAGUAGAAUUGUGGUGGUGGUGGGAGGGUGAUUGUAAAUAGGAAACAUGAAUGUUCAAUUUUCUUUUUCUUUAAGGAAAUCUUAUUGAAUGACACUUUUUUUUCCUUCAUUAACUCAUCACUUUCAUUUUGCUCUUCCUAAGACUAAGGAUUGUGCUGAGUCUAGAGUUGUUUUGGUAACUGACAUGAGGGUCUUCCUGUGUUUUAAUUGGAAACCCAUUUUGGUCACAUUCCAAGUAAGACAAGCUGUUUUUCUGGUGUACUUUGGUGAUAUUUUUUUUGUUUUUGUUUUUUCAAACAUAGUGAUUUCCUUCUCUAAGUUUUUUGACAGCAAAUGAAUUCAGGAACUUCAAUAGAACCGAGUGACCUGUGGGAUGAUCUGCUCUUACGGGCAGAGUUCUUUGGCCUAAGAUUGUUUUAGAAUCGAGCCUGCUGUCCCUGUGCUGUGCGUGGGGUAGAGGUUUAGCAUGCAGUCCGGUCUUGUGUGCAUAGAAACUACCGAGGCACCUUGCGGUGAUUGAUUCUGGUGUAUUUGAGGAAGAACGGAGUGGUUGAAGAAUACUCUUCCUUAUUCUGGUGGAUUUGACCAACUGGUUUAUAUUCUGCACUUUAGAAGGAAAACAGUGUUAAUCUCUAGUCUAAAGCAAGCUUACUAAGUGGGAGAGUUCUAGGCUACUGUUGCUUGCCCCGUAGGUUUAGAUAAGGGAUUUUGUGUUUGGCAACUUUUUGUGGGAUCUCUUAGAAAGCAUCACUUUAGAGGAUCAAGGGAAAAAAAGCUCAGAGUUGCCAGCCAGCUUGGUUUCGAACACGAUUCAAUCAAAUCCAGGCCCCUGAUUCUUCUUUCUCCUGUGGCCGUAAAAAUCCCAAGCCCUGAGUGAUUGCUUUCUCCUUGCUUUAAGCAAUGAAGUUUACCUUAAUGCAGAAAUGUUUAGUAGAAAAUGAGUGGUUUACCUUUUUCUAAAGAUUAUAUUUUCAGGUGUUUUCUGGAAUGUGAUGUCUUGGUCCUCCUAAAAGGAGAUGUGGCAUGACUGAAACCCACAGCUUAGCUGGUAUCCAUGUUAUGCUGCCUUAGGCGAAUCAAAACCACUUCUUAGUGUAACCAGCUCCUGUUUCCCUGUGGGCCAGAGUUGUGUUUGAAUUCACUGGGUUUGAGUCAAGGCUGGUUCUACAUUGAGGGGGACCCCGUGGUGCUUCAGUGUUAAAAGGGGGGCAAUGAAAAGUGAAUCUCAAUGUGGUCAUCCAUGACCUUAAAAGGCUGCCAUCGUGGUUGCUUGCAUAAAAAUGACAGAUCUGUUUAACCGAAGCUUUGAAAUGUGAUGAAGCCGCCAACAUAAGCACUUACUACAGAAGUCAGUAUUGCUUCUACUAGGAGGCUUGGGGACCAGGGUAACGAGGCUCCAGGUGAAGAUAGGAUCGGAACCAUGUCAAGUAAUUAAAUUUCCAGUUUGUCCUUAGAGUUCGUUUUGCUUAUUUUUUUUCCUGUCUGGUACUAAUCAUCCUUUGAGGAUGAAGGGAAGCACAGAAGUUGCUAGAAAUUCCCCACCCCCCAGUUCUUUACCACCAUUGCAAGAUGGCCAUCUUGGUAGAGUCUCUUCAUCUGACGUUCUUAGUCAGCCCACCUAUUUUAGAGUCUGAGGGUAGACGUAUGGUAGAACCAUCAGGGUAAAAAGCCACACACCAAAGCUGUGCUUUUAAAAUACCACCCUGGUCUAGUGGUGACUUCACCUACUCUGCAGGCCUUUUGCUUGCCUCAAGAUGGACCAGGUAACCUUGAAUUUCAGGUGUCUGGAAAUUCUAGCUGAAACCUGCCCUUCGUUCUGUUCCCACAAGCACCAGGUACUCUGAACUUGUACUGAGUCCAGUGCUGCCUCUUUUUUGUGUGUUGAAUAACAUGAAACUUGGCAGUGGCCAAGGGCACUAAAGUUCAAGUGCAAGUUCUAAUAUCAGUUUAAGCUGUCUCAUUUGCUUUAGGACUCUGAACAGUUUGCUGAUGCUUUCUGCAGGUAUGCAGCUUGUGACCCCAGCCUGCUGCUUGGAAUUGCAUUGAGCAGCAGUGAGGUUAAAACAGUACCUUUUCACCUUGUGUUGGCAGAAGGGUACACAUGAAAUUCCUGGCCUCGAGCUUCGGUCUCACCCUUAAUUCUUACCUUGGCAGUAAGACACUAUUCCUCACUCAAUAACUUCAACUCUGAAACUAAACUCUAUAUCACUAACACCUCCAAGUCGGGGUUCCUGCUGGCUGCACAUGGAAUGUGGUGUGGCCCACCCCUGGGACAACCUGGCAGAUGGGGAGAGUCAGGUAGGAAAGAUGCUGGGGUCCUGACAUAUGGUAACAGAUGUGGUUUGGCAUUUAAGUUCUUUUUCCUGGUUUGAUUUUUCCCUGGGGAUUUGAGUCACUGUAAGCUGUGUGGGAACCUGAGUUUUGUGGUGACGCAUUAAGAAUCAAACUGCUGAAGCUCCAAAUCUGCUUGUCCUCCAGCCUCCCAACUAGCACUGGCCCCUUACCUUCAUGGUAGGUUAGGAUUUUAACUAGUGCUGCAUUGUUAACUUUGGGAAAUGGUGCCUCUCAAAAGCAACUUCCUAACUGUAGGAAUACCUCCUUUCAAGUUCACUUUCUGGUACUGACACCAUGUUUUAGGAUACAGCUUGAUUCUGAGCUCAGACGUCCUCUUCCAGAAAAUAAAUGAUGGUUCUCCAGUUGUGAGAAGAGACCCUGACACUCACUGGGGCCAUUACUUCUUGGGUAUCUGACUGGGGCUCACACUGGGGAGAAGCCUUUGGGUGGAUUCUGUAGGGUCAAGAAACUUCCAGUUGCCAAGGUUAGAUUGUAUCCUUAAUCUGGCAGAGAGCAGAAUGUCACAGCUGACUUUGGAACGUAUGCCAGUGCAUCCGAUUACAUUCAGAGGACCAAGGGAGGUGUGUAUGGGGGAUGUGUUUAAAAAAGCCUAGCAAUUUUACAGGAUUAUUCGUGGAGACUUCCAAAGUGAGGACCAGGGAAAAAGUGCUUUUCUGUGAGUUCAAGUUCUAAACUUGUUUACCUAUCACUUCAAAAACAAAAAAAUAGUUUAAGUGCAAACAAAAGAAAAUGCUUGGAGGUUUGCCUGGGCUAAUGAGAGGUGGUGCAAAUUGUCAUGUGUGUUUGCAUAGGAAGGUGAGAAGCCCAUCCACUAAAGAGGAAGUCGUUAAACAAUACGGACCUGUGGGUGUUUUAAAACUCAAGCCAUCUGGUCUCUCUUUUUUCUAAUGGAUUAAAAAAAAUAGCUGCAUUAGGAAAAUUUUUUAUCAAUUUCCAAAUUAAUAUAGAUGAAAAGUAAGGUUACUAAUUAGACUAAAUUGGAAGCUUUUUUGUUCUAUAUUUGCAUAGCCUUUGAAAGACUAGUUUCUCUGCGGUGCCUAGGAUGUAUGAGGUUUCCUCUUUGGUAUAAUGGUCCCUGACCUUCUUUCAUGAUGCAGGUGAAAUUACUUGUCAACGCAACAUGUGUUAGAACUUGAUGAAAUAAAGCUUUGAGUUUGAGAAAUAAAGAUCUAUUUAAAAAAA